AUGCCAAAAUCGGCUUCUCACGUGGGACUUGUGUGGAGAGCGCUGGAGAUCAUCCAGGGCGGCCCCAUUGAAGGCGAGUCGUCCAUCAAAGUCGCGGGCGGACGGUUUGGUCGCACACCUGGAAAAGGACGCCCUGCGGGCCCUGCCGGCACACAAACACCCUGCGCAGUCCCGGAUCCACCACGAGCGCAAGCACAGGUGUCAACGUCGCCCGAGGUGCAGCUGAAGAUGCCAGCUGCACAGGAGCCGCUUCUCGACUUCCUGCGCGACCCGUCUCGACUGAUCUGCAUUCGACCUCGUGGACGUGAUGCCGGCGAUAGUUCACCAGAGCCGGAGGAACAUUAUCCGUCGAACAGGAAGCACCAGGGCGGUCCACCUCUCCCUGGCUUCUGA